AUGCCUUACACGCCGCCAACCCACCACACGCCCUCGAGCUCCAAACAGUCCAGUCCCACUCCGAGCCGGUCUCACUCAUAUAUCCAAGGACCAUUACUUUCCCCGCAGGCUGCCGAAGCAGAUCGACCCAACCUCCCUCGUUCCAGCGGCUCUUCUUCAUACCUCACCAAGCACAGACGAAGUCCCUCCUUGAAUGAUGCAGCAAAGACUGAGAUCCUUCACAAUGGCGAGGCGUACGAGGUGAACGGGGCCUUUGACCCCCACGGUAGUAUUCGCCAGUCGCCUCCACCCGUGACAAAUGCAUUGAUACCUGCAGGGAUGACAAUAUCACCCCCAGAUUCCUCUCAAAACUCGAGCGAUGAGGAUGAACCGGAGCGAGGACGGUCGAGGGAUUUGGACGAGGAUCUGCAAGCUCUCCAAGAAGCUAUCCGGUCGAUAGAGCAAAGGAAGGUUACCGGGUCUCCCACUCGUGGGGAGGAAAGCUCCUCUGCCACAAGAACAGACGCUGUUGUGUCCCGUCUUGACGGGACUCAAUCGGCCGGUCCUGCGGUCCUGCGAUUGCCCUUAUCGCAGGAGGCUCGGAAAAUCUCUCAUUCGAGGUCGUCGACAGACUCAAAUAUUGUGUUCGAAUCACCUUCGAAGCAAACUCCCUCUGUGGCCCUAAGGCCAGACACCGAUGACAGCGACAGCGAUGACACCCCCGCUGAGCGACCAGCAAUGGUGCGCAAGAAGUCAGGUGAACUCGUUCGUCCAGCUCUGCGGCCCUCCUCGCGACGGCGGCCUUCAAGUAUGCCUGGGACACCUACCUAUUCCAAAGCCGUCCACUUCGACUCUCACCUGGAACACGUCAGACAUUUCCUGCAGGUGGACCGACCACUCGCCGUGAGUGCCGGUUCAUCUCCCGUAGAGAACUACGAGAGCGAGACUGAUUUUCCCUUUGGGUCCGACGAGACCAACGCUCGGCCUCGCACACCCUCAUAUGAAUGGGAAAUCCGCUUGAAUAAUUUCCCAAGUGACUUGGAUGCUCGACGGUCCCAGCCUGUGUUCGUGGAGAGAAUAUUCCUCUCUUCAGAUAACAGAAAACUCAUUGGGACUGUCGCUGUGCAGAACCUCGCAUUCCACAAGCAGGUCGUUGCUCGAUUCACGUUCGACUACUGGAAGACCACUUCGGAAAUCGUUGCUGACUAUAACAAUGAUGUUCGCCGGAAGGGUAACCAUGAUGGCCUUGACCGCUUCAACUUCAGCAUCAAGCUCGAAGACCAGGCAAACCUGGAGAACAAGACGUUGUUCUUCUGCAUCCGCUACAAUGUCAAUGGUCAGGAGUUCUGGGACAACAAUGCUGGUGCCAACUACCAAGUCGACUUCAGCAAGAAAUCCAAGUCGCCACCAAGCAAGUCUAACCCUGGCCUGGGUGAGAGACCGCUCAAUGCUUUGCCCCGUAGUCGACCAUCACCACCUACCUCUUCCGGAAGGCCCGUCUCGAUGCCUACCUCAUUUGAUGAUUUCUCAACGGGCUUUGACAGCUUUGGAAGCUUCUUGCAGUCCCCCAGCUCACUGAUGGGCGAACCUAAACUCAAGCUGAGGAGUCCAAAAUCCAAAGCAGAACUUCUCCCAGAUGCUCCCCAGCGCCGUAAGCAGGCUGGGCCACAAGCAUUUGGAAAUCGGUAUGAUUUCAAGACAUCAUUGAAUGCUGCCAAGAACAACGCAUAUGCCGCCAUGGGCGAGUGGUCUGGCUUGGGUCCAAGGACGUACACAAAGCAGUCUUCCCACGAGGUGCCUGCGACUACUCCUGUGCAGAGUGUCGCAAAUGCUGCUCCCAAGCAUGAAACUGGCGUCAACGAUGUCAAAGUCGAAGCCAACAAGACCGCUGCUGCUGCUGCUCCUUUGACAUCCAAGCCGGCUGCUUUGCUCUCUGAGAAACCUUCUCUGAGCUCACAGAGCUACAAGGAGCUCGUGGACAAGUACUGCUUUUUUGGGACAGUCAGGGUUGAUGGUUCGGCGGACUCUACCUCCGCGUCGGAGAGCAAUGGAGGCAGUUCGGCUGAUUCGUCUGGCUCGACAACACCCACACCACCUCGAAGCAUGUCGCCCGUCCCGGAUUCUCAAGCGUCAAAGCAAUUUGCGCAAUAUGUCGCACGUUCUUCGUCACCUUUGUCAACAGGCGGGUUCUUCGGAUCUCGCUCUGGGUCACCGGCGUCCUUCGGAUAUCCCUACCACUCGGCAACCCAACAUACCUUGAUGUCCGAGUCACCCACACCGACGGCAAUUCAAGGAUAA